AUGGAGACAGGCAACACCGAUUUAGAAGAUCCCCUGAUCGUCAUGCCUGAAGGGAAACAUGAUUACAACCUGCAAACCUUCUUCCCGCUUUUCAGCAGUUACAUAUACAACCUUAUCACAGAUGAGGAAUCUGUUCGAGACACCACCAAAUCUGUAUUGACGGAUUUUCUCAAAGAUGGCGUCUGCUAUCUCGAGCUUCGAACAACACCACGCGCCACGCCUCAACUCUCAGCAGAGCAGUACAUCUCAACUCUUCUUGAUACAAUCUCGUCAUUUGAGUCUCAGAAUCCCCAGCUGCACACUCGCUUGAUCCUUGCUGUUGAUCGACGACACACCCCUGAGCAGGCUGCUUCCACCCUUGAGCUUGCUCUGACAUACCGUGAGCAGGGAGUCGUUGGCCUGGAUCUCUGCGGUGAUCCAACAGCAAGGCCAGCAGGCGAGAUAAGUGUCUUCACACCUACGUUCCUAGAGGCAAAAAGGAAAGGCUUAGGGAUCACGGUUCAUUUUGCCGAAGCUGAGGCGAGUGGUUCGAAGGAGGAGUUAAAUACGCUGCUCUCUUGGGAACCGGGCAGGCUGGGACAUGUGAUCUGGGAGGACGAAGAGACCAAGAAGGAGAUCGCAAAGAGAGGUUUGUGUCUCGAGUUAUGCCUGAGCUGCAAUGUCAGAGCCGGGAUGGUGUUAGGCGGCUUCGAAGGCCACCACUUCGGGCACUGGAGAGGUGUCAACGGCCCCAAGAUCUCACUCAGUACUGAUGAUGUGGGUAUGAGGAGAGAAGUUGAUAUCGAAGCCAAAUCAGGAGCAUCUCGUGUUCUUCCAUCGCAUUACAUAUGGAACGUCCCUGCCCAUUAA